GUAAAAUCGCAACAACAACAAAUUAUAAAUAUCCUGGACUCGAAACGAAUUCCCUACACUUUUGUUGACAUCUCUGCUUCAGAACAAGAUAAAAAAUUGUUUCGGGAUACAAUGCAGAACCUAAACAAAUCAUGCAUUCUUCCGCAGAUUUUUUAUGGAUUCGAAUACCUAGGAGGCUAUGAAGAGUUUUGUUUUGCCAAUGAGAACGAAGAACUUGGAACAUUCCUGCGCAUCAAGGUUUUGAAUUUUGAUUAUUUAUGA